AUGGCUCCCUCCACCCGCACGAAGAGACCAGCUCCCGGUUAUGACUCGUCACAAGAGAAUCAGCCCCCAUCGGAAGACGAGAAUCACGAUGAAGAGCCUCAAGUGCAGCCUAGGGAGAAGCGAAGGCGGAAAUUGACCGAGAAGCAGCGGCAAGCAGAUAUCAACGAUGACGAGCAAACCGAAGCUCGACUGAAGCGUCAGCUCCAGAAACACCGGAAGAAAAUGAAGACGAAGAAACAAGGCGUGGAAGUGAACGAUGACAAUGAGGACUCCAUGGGGCCAGAGUCAGAGGACGACGAGGUCGACAGCAGUGGCGUGGUUUUGCGCAGCAACGGUAUGCGUGCCAAGGUGCGCGAACGAUACGAGACCCCACAGCACCCAGUCCCUGCAAUGCACAUCACUCGCCGGGAGGGUCAUGCGUCACUCCGAACUGCAGUUGCUGCCACAACCUCCUGCCUCGCAACCACCCUCACGCCCUCAGCCCUUGUCUUCCCCAUCGCGUGGACGUGA